AGUAAAUGAUGAUAAGUAACAUUCGGAAAGAGGCUACUCUAUUUCAUCAGGGUGCAGAAGCAACUCUUUAUAUUGCAGACUUUUUGGGUCGUCCUUCCUUGUGGAAGCAACGAGUGGUCAAGAAAUAUAGACACGAGUGUUUGGACCAAAGGAUUCGAACACGACGACUAUUGCAGGAAGUAAGAACUUUACUUCGUUGUAGAAAGUUGCAAAUUAGAGUUCCUGCAGUGUAUUUUGUGGACCCUGAAGAAAGCAUAUUGAUUAUGCAAUAUAUAUCGGAUGGCAUUGUUCUGAAAAACUAUUUGAACCAGAGCAACGGAAGCCAAGAAUUGUCUUUCAUAGCCACAAAAGUUGGAAAAGCCGUAGCUAAACUACACAAUGGCUCCAUCAUACACGGAGACCUCACAACUAGCAACUUUUUGGUGGUCACAAGAAACAAUGAAACUCUACUGUAUUUGAUAGACUUUGGACUAAGUUUUUAUAGUAAUACAGAAGAAGACAAGGCAGUGGAUUUAUGCUGCUCCAUUCUUUGAAAAACUGAUUGAGACCUAUUCACAAGAGUCCAAUGAUG